AAACGGAACGGUCCCAUCUCAUCUUUGUUCAACAGUAGGCAGGGCAGAUGGGCAAGAGAGAGUUGUUGCUUUUUUUCCACCAGCCAUUAUCGACUGCUGCUCGACUGGCUCAGUAACGGUCGCCAACUAUUCUUCUGGUUUGUUUGUAUAAUAUAAUAAGCAUCUAAAAGGGGAUGUCAAAGCGAGUGCGAAGCAAAGAGGUCUGCGCGGACUGCAGCGCUCCGGAACCUCGCUGGGCCUCCGUCAACCGGGGCGUGUUGAUCUGCGAUGAGUGCUGCAGCAUCCAUCGAGGUCUGGGACGACACAGCUCCCAAGUCCGACAUCUGACCCACUCUGUGUGGCCCCCUUCCCAGUUUCAGAUGGUGCAGACACUUUACGGCAAUGGAGCCAAUUCGAUAUGGGAGCACAGCCUUCUGGACCCCUCAUCCUCAACUAGCGGCAAGCGUAAAGCCAAUCCUCAAGACCGUGUUCAUCCCAAUAAGACAGAGUUUAUUAAGGCCAAAUACCAGAUGUUGGCGUUUGUCCAUCGCAUGCCUUGUCGGGAGGACGACAGCGUGACCGCCAAAGAUCUUAGCAAGCAACUGCAUUCCAGCGUUCGAACAGGGAACCUGGAGACCUGCCUGAGACUUUUAUCCCUCGGAGCGCAGGCCAACUUCUUCCAUCCGGAAAAAGGAAACACGCCAUUGCACAUAGCGGCGAAAGCGGGACAGUUGUUACAAGCCGAGCUGUUGGCUGUGUACGGAGCUGAUCCGGGAGCUCUCGACUCCAGUGGGAAGACUCCCAUUGAUUAUGCGAGACAAGCCGGGCAUCAGGAGCUGGCCGAGCGUCUCGUGGAGAUCCAAUACGAACUCACUGACCGCUUAACGUUUUACCUUUGUGGACGAAGACCAGAUCACAGAUUUGGGCAACACUUCAUCAUUCCCCAAAUGGCUGACAGGAAUAACAGUCUAGAUUUGUCCGAAUUUGCAAAAGCCGCUAAAAAGAAGCUCCAGUCUCUAAGUAACCAUCAGUUUGAGGAGCUUGCUAUGGAUGUUUACGACGAAGUAGACAGACGAGAAACGGAUGCAGUGUGUUUGGCCACUCAGAACCACAGCACGCUGGUAACAGACACCACGGUGGUGCCUUUCCUGCCGGUCAACCCAGAGUACUCCUCCACCAGAAACCAAGGUCGUCAGAAGUUGGCGAGGUUUAGCGCCCAUGAAUUUGCCACCUUGGUCAUCGAUAUUCUGACGGACGCCAAACGUCGGCAGUGGGGGAAUUCCUGUGACAGUCCCAAAGAGAGCGUGGAGCUGAUCCUGCAAGGGAUAAACAGUCGCCACAGCAGCGAGAGCCAAGACAACGACCAGCCCGACUACGACAGCGUGGCCUCGGAUGAAGAUCCGGUCCAAGAUGCCAUCCGCAGGGACAACGGCACUGAUGGAAGGACCAAGAGCUCCGAGUCAUCCGACUUGUCGGACGGAGGCCCCAUCACGGUGAAGGAGUUCAUGGACGUGAAAAGCGCCCUCACCGCCUCGGAAGUCAAAAUCCAACAGCUCCUCAAAGUCAACUGUCACCUGAGUGAAGAGCUGCGAGCCAUGCAGGGCAAGCUGAACUCCCUGCAAACGGAGAACACGACGCUACGGUGGCAUGCCCCCGCCGCGCCGCACCAGGUCCAGGGGCCCGCGGGCCGGCGCCAGACCCGAGGCGUGCGCGCCAUGUCCAUGUACGAGACGGGCUCCAUCCCCAGACAGUCCCCCCACCGCGACGCCACCGCUCGGCGGGAGGACGGUGUCGUUUUACAGCCCUUCCCCACCAACAUGGGGAGGGGUCCUUUGGGAACGGCCGCUUCCUCCCUCCCAUCCUUCCCCUCUUCCCUGUCCUGGUCACGGGACGAGAGAUCUCGAAGGGGCUGCAGUUUGGAGGCAUACAGUGCCAUGCUCAACUGUGAGACUGCACCGAGCCACUGUGAACCAGAAUAUAGCGGUGGCCCCCUGGCAAACUCUGAGGGGGCCGAGGGUGAGACGGAGCGCGAGGAAGACGCCGCCGCCCUUCCGUGCACGGAGGACGUCAUCUGUAAGACGGAGCAGAUCACCAAGAACAUUCAGGAGCUUCUGAGGGCCGCCCAGGAGACCAAACACGAAAGCUUCCUCCCGUGUUCAGAGAAAAUCUGUGUGGCUGUGAAGGAGAUGGCCGCUCUGUUUCCCAAGAGGCCGUCCUCUGAGACGGUUCGCAGCUCCCUGUCGCUGCUCACCUCCAGCGCCAGCCGCUUACACGGCGAAUGCCGCGGCCCGUGCCCUGCCGCCGCCGCCGACGUCCAGCUGGUCACACAACAGGUCAUCCAGUGCGCCUACGACAUCGCCAAAGCCGCCAAACAGCUCGUCACCGUAACCACCAAAGAGAAUAGCAACUAGCCAGAAUCCCCUCCAGCCCUCCCCCCAAAACGAUCAUUUCACGUCCUAGAGAAUUACAUUCCUUUAACUUGGGAAAUUGAACAGUAUUUAUUCAUAGCUUGAUAACGAACAGUGACCAGGGGUUCACAAACUUUCAGUUCCGGCGGAGAAAAACGGCAAGUAAACCGAACUACCAAAUGUGCCAUAGGAAUUGAACAGGUGCUUAUUUGUGAGAGGUGAAAAACGUCAAUGUUAGAAAGAAUAGAAUUACUUUUUUUUUUUUUUUUAAGAAAAUGUUUAAUCUUACGACAGUUAAGUCACAUUUUUUCCGACGUUUUGAAAAUGAUACAACGCAAUCUUUUAUGGAGAAUUGUUUACGGACCCUAGUUUCCAAACCCCUGGUUUUAGAUGGAGAAUAGGUUACCUCACAACUGCAGCAGCUAGCGAUUAGCAUUCCACUGAUAGCAAUGGCGUUAUUUCAUGGAUUUGUGGCUAACCCCAGUUUCAACCCUUUGCUACAAAGCAGGGAGAAUAUAUCGCCAUGGCAACUACGAUAAACCCUCGCUAUUUGUGGGGGAUAAGAGCAGAGUCCGUUUGCGAAUAGCAAACAAACGAGCGGAGAAAUUCCUUAUUUUUGAAAAUGAAUAGUUCUAAACUAGGAUCCCAACAUAUUAUAAAGAUUUAAUUUUGGAAAAAAUUAAUUAAUUAUCAAUUAUCACCAUUUGUUAGCUUGUGCUUGUUGCAAUAUUCAGCAGAGGAAAAACAUGCGGUGAAGAUUCUCUGUAACUUUUGCUAACAAUCCAGGGAUCUUAAAGCUUCUUAAAGCAUGACGGACUGAGCCGGGAAUAGGUGAACUUUUCAACAAAGACCCCGGUUUAGGUUCCAUGGGAAAAUCGUGAAUAGGUGAAUUUGUGAAUAUCAGUCAGGGUUCACUGUAUCUUGCAUCAGUGUUUUCGGUACAGCCAUACUUCUGAAAGUGUGUGAGUGUGUAUACACGUGUGUGUUUGUGUGCGAGUGUGUGUGUGGGAGAUGUCCUCAGCAGCUCAUGUGAAAUCUAUAUCAAGUUAUGCAAAUGUUGCAGAACCUCCAAAGUGGAACACCUUAAUUCAGUUCAUAUUUUAGCAUUAUAGAAGCAUAACAAUUUGUAGGAAACAACUCAAAUCAACCUUUAUUUAGCCAAGGGGCAUAUUUCUUCAGACAGCACACCAAACGAAAGUGUCAAUUAGGGUAGAGUCAUUAUGCCUACUGCCCCCUUGUGGAAAAUCAUUGAAAUGUUCUGCCUGACACUAUAUGUUGCUGGCAUAGCUAGAUUGAACACAUUUGCUUAUUUGAAGUAACAAGUAAUUUUCAAAAUGGAAUACAAUCAAGCCGUUCCAAAAUUCAAAUAAGCUGAUUCUUUUUUUUUUUUUGCUCUUGAAUUGCACCACUUUGGUCCAACUGUGGAGGUUCCGCUGUGUAUAAAAAUGUAUGUAUCAAUGUAAUUAUCAGAUUUAAUCCAAAUGCUUUUGUUGUAUUUAUGAAAGUGCAUGUCAUACCUCUUGAAAAAAAUGACCAGCGUUUAUUUUCUCAAGUCCCCUUUAAGUGCUCUGAAGUGUUUUCAACGCAAAACCCAAACUAUUUGGAGCCCUAGUUUGGGAAACUCGGAUCCAGGUAAAUGCGCCCUUCAAUCAACUCUGAUCUAACGUGUCACUUUCAGUCCCGAAUGCCAGCGGUGGAAAAAGUAACAGAAUACCUCGGCCCCACGGAGCCCAGUUGGUCUAAGUUACAUUAAGUCUCCAAACAGCUAAGAGAUGCCAUUCAAUGUCAUCUUGCUUUGUUUAUGCACUGUAAUGCAAAGAAAACAUUGUCAAACACAAUUGUGUCCAACUAUGAAUAUAAAAUGUUUGCCUUUAACAGGUGCCAUCAA